UGUAAAUUGAUCAGCCACGUAGAGCAACUGAGCUCCGAGGUAUCAACGUACGGUAAUGAAGCUCAAUACUAAUAGCUAGAAGGUGGAUGAGGCGGCUAAGCUAAAAUUGGCAUAGACUCCGGGGUGUUAUCUGUCUGAUGCGCAGAUCAAUUCUUUGGUUAGAACCACAAGGCCACAAUAGCUUUUGGGGUAUUUCUUCUUAUUUCUACCACCUGAUAGGCUUAACGGCACAUCAUUUCUUUCUAGUAUAUAACAAUGUGGCAGAUGCAACUAGAAGCUACCAACACCAUCACAUAUCACCCAAGUACAAUCGUUUUCCAUGGCUUUCGAGUCAGCAACAGGCAUGCCGCUGGAUGCCGCUAGUUUAAUGUCAACAAUUUUGGAGGGCAUUUUGUACGGGUUUUCAGUACUCAUGUUCAUGUGUACCAUGUGGACCCUCAUCUAUAGCCGUCGCACGCGGAGCAUCAAUCAGCCUAUUGCUGCGGUUGCCACUCUGAUGUUCCUACUGAGUACUGUGCACAUGGUCGUGGGCAUCAUUUAUGUUGAAGACGGACUAGUGAAGGAUCGUGACACGUUUCCAGGCGGCCCAGUGGCAUUCUUUGCAGACCUUGUCCAAGAAAUGUUUGUGGUCAAGAAUGCGAUCCUUGUCUUGCAAACUAUGCUCGGCGAUGGAGUGGUGACCUAUCGGUGUUACGUCGUUUGGCAAUCUGUCUGGGUUAUCAUCCUGCCAUGCAUCAUGUGGUGCGGUGUCGCAGCAUUUGGUAUUUGUAUGGUCUACAGCAUGUCCCAACCGCAGACCAACAAUCCCGCAAAUGUUUUCCUCGAUGCGACCGGAGAUUGGAUCACGACAUUUAUCGUCUUCACAAUUGCAACUAAUUUGUUGAGUUCAGGGUUACUCGCAUAUCGCAUCUGGACGAUCCAACGCAGGGUCUCUACAAUGAGCGCCACGAAGGUUAACACGCGCAUAUUUCGCGUGCUUGUGGAUGCCGCUUUUUUGUACUCUGCGGCGGUAUGCUGUUCGCUCAUUGCUUUCGUCUCCUCGAGCAGCGGAAUGUAUGUUAUGGCUGACCUGGUCAUCCCAGUCAUCCCGAUUGCCUUCUACAUGGUGUUUAUUCGCAUCGCGACUGGUCGAAACAAUCAAAAAAUUUACGUCUCGACUGGCGGGCCAGCUGAGACAGAACGAAGAAGCGGGCCGGAAUAUCCUAUGCAGCCUUUGCACACCAUCAGGUUACACGCACAGCAGAACAGUGGUAUAUCAUUGGCUGAUAGCCCCAAAGCUAGUAGAGUAUGAGCUGGAUGACUACAGUAAUGGAUGUAUCGGCCAUUAUUGUAAUUGCUCAGUUCAGUAUACUUCUGUACAGCUAUCCUCCCACUGACUAUUUGCACCAGGACAUGAGGAUCUGACUGCGUACUUUACUGUGGACUUGUGACCAUACACGUACUAUGAAUCAAUCGAGGCAACCUGCUGUUGGUCACGCAAACGUUCGGGUCAGACUCCCGCAAAUUGCCAGAUCUACCUUUGUUCUGCCAGAAG